CGAAACGCUGCACGUUCCCCUCCAGCUUCUCUUUCCCACCGCCGGACCUGUUUGGCCGCGGCUUCCGGGGGGGCGGGUGUUCGGCGCCAUGGGGCGGCAGCGGCGGUUCCUGGUGGCGGCAGCGGAGGGUCUGGCGGGAGCCUGCCCGGGACAGGCUCGGUUCCUGCUGUGGACGCUCUGCAGUUCGGUCUGGACCUCCCGAGAUAAAGUACAUGGAUUAGAAAGGAUAUGUCCUUACUGCUUCCAGUUCCUGGUUCCUGGUAGCUACCGGGUGCGUCUCAAACCGAAGAUGAAAGUGACUCCACAGAUAGAGAAAGUUCUUAAACGAGAGGCCAAGAACCGUAGACUGAAUAUGAAACAGACAAAGCUUUUGACAAAGUACAGGGAGUCAAGAAGUGUUCUGCUGGUUACUUGCAACUUGUGCAACAGAACAAGAAGACACUAUGGUAAAAGCAGGGAUUUCUUCUCUACCAGAACACCAAGUUCCGGCACUCCAAGUAUUAAGUGUAACUUGAGGACACCAGAUGUAAAAAUUCAGUCUGCCAAGAAAGGGACACCUGUAAGCUGCAGUAGGUUGGCAUCUAAAGGGAACAGUCCCUCAUCACUUCCCAGAACACGUGUAUCUGGACGGGUGACAACCAGCUCUGCUUCCAAGACUCCUCGAAACUCCAAGUUUCACUUUUCAAAGCUAAAACGGAUGCUUAACCUAGAAGAAAAAGAUAAAAGCCAAAAGGCAGAUUUGAAAACCUUCUUGACUUUACUAUAGUAAAAUUAUUUUUAAAAUAGUAAAGAUUACAGCAAUAAGUAUUUUUUUAAUAAAGUGAGUUCUUUAAAACUUGAGCUAAGGGCACGUUACACUCUGAAAGCAGAGACGAUAUUUUCAGAAGCAAGCUCUGUUUCUAAGGGGACUGAUUAUAUGCAAGACAGAGAUGAGAAAAUAGCCAGUCUGAUAUUCUUGGGAAUCUCAAACGUGAUCUCUCUUGGCCCAAAAAUUAAAUGGCAGAAUCUAUCGUUUGAGGAAGUUGACAAUAGGGAAUCCAUCAGGAGCAACAGAUAUGUUGGCAGACCUGAAAGCAAUUUGAGGAUGGAGAGGUUACAGUUUGCUCCACGUCACUGUCUUGCUAUUUUUUAAGAUAAUGCAUCACGACAGAAUGUGAAAGAUCUCCCUGCUUUGCAAGGAUGUUUCACUAAGGCACUUUCACCAGCAGGUACGAUAUUUUUAAGGGUCUAACAGGGUCUCUGUAACGUUGCUGUUUUUUGAUACCUGUGGUGAUUUAAGCACAUCCUUUACAAAGGUUCCAAAAUAACUUACUUUUUGAGGCAGCACUCGUACACAAAGAGAGAUAAGACAGUGUAUCACCAGAUUAAGUUUCUUAAUUUUCUUAACGAAUGUUGUCUGGGGUACAGACUGUGGAUGAUGCUGGUCCCAGGCUAAGGCAGAAGCUUGUGAAUGAGGAUGCUCUCAAUACUGCCUUGGCAGCUCCAGCACAGCCUGCUGUUGGCACCCUCAUUUGUUACUGCUCCCAGAGUGGCACAGUCAUAAAGAACAAGGGCUGCUUCCUUUCUAGUUGCUCUGGUGCUGCCAAAAUGGGUCACUUGUCCUGUUCAGAAAUGAUGAAGGAGAGAACCUCUUUCUUAAGUGGCAGUUUUAUCAGGCUUUUUUUUUUGUCGCACCAAAGUGUUUUCAUGUGACUAGGUGAUGUCAGGAUUAAAGCAGUCAGUUUUUAGAUUUUCACUUAGGCACAGAUGUGAGAAAGGACAGUAGAAAGUCACUGUUCAGGGCUGAGUUUGUAGCCUGCUCAGAUUUCCUCUCUGGAAAGAGAAUCAGUCAGUUAAAAAUGUUUACGUUCUUGGUUUCAAAGGUCUGCAUUUUCCCUUUUUUUUCCGUAUUCUAAUGAAUAGUUUCCUUUAAAUGUAUUUGGACUCGGUUGCUUAAGAAAUAGGAUGAGCUGCUAAGUUGGUUGGCUUGAAAGCAAUCCAGGGCAUGAGAGAAUAGUUACUUGCAAAUUCUACUUACAGUCUCAAAGAUUGGCACGUAACCUUUUUAUAUCUCCUGUAAGCUUGUGCAGUAAAUCUGAAAGGUUCUCUGCCAUUUGUUUCUUACAUACCUGUGGGAUCAAAUUAACUGUCAUUCUUUGAUCAAAAUGUGUACCUUGGAGUCGUGCCUUUCCUAGUGUAGAACCUGCAUUAAUUCACCUGUUGUCACUGUAUUUAUGAUCCAGUCCUCUUGAAAAAUACUUCAGUCUUGUUGAUGGAAAAUGUGCAUUUUACAGAAGUAUUUGAAAAACACAUUUUGCAAUAAAUUUUUAUAUUGAAAGUA